AUGGCAGAAAGCGCGGCAAAGAACACGUUCCUGGACAUCGUGAACCUCCGCGAUGACUUCCCAUACGGCCCGGCAGCGAAUGAAUACUACCAGCUCUUCUUACCACAUGAUGACCAACCUCAUGGCUACAUGCUUCCCGGUAUUGUCGAGAAGAUGCCAUGGUCGUCUGCAUUUGCAGUAUCGCACCACAAGCCACGGAAAGUCGAGUUGGUCGACAUUCCUGAUGACCACAGCACAGCAGACGCCAUCACCAAAGCAUUCCAAGACCUAAUCGAUAUUUGCAUCGAGCGCGACUUGUUCCACGUACUGUGCAAACGGCAUAGCGAGCUAAUAUCUGUCGUGUCCGCCACGUACAACUCUGGUUCGAUCAAGAUCGAGCGUUUUGCCGCAUCGCUCUUUGGGCUAACCUGCAGAGGAGCUCAUCUCGUCGCCUACUCAUCUGCUCUAGAUGGCACCAUUGACAGUAUAUGGAUCCCUCGAAGGUCCGCCCAUCUGUACACCUACCCUUCGAUGCUAGACACCACCGUUGCUGGGGGCGUCAAAGCGGGCGUGGCGCCCUUCCAGAUCAUCGUAGAAGAAGCAGACGAAGAAGCGUCCCUGCCAGAGGAGCUCGUACGAAGGCUAGCGGUCUCACGUGGUGUUAUUUCGCACAUGGCCACCACUGGCAAGGGGUUUCCGGGCGAGCAAGGCUUAGCUGUGCCUGACUACGUCUACGUCUACGACAUGGCAUUACCUUCGGACAUCGAGCCAAGACCGCACGACGAUGAAGUAACCGCUUUCUAUCCGAUGAGUGUAAACGAGGUCAAAACGGCUUUGCUCAACGAGGAGUUCAAGCCAGACUCAGGCGCGGUGCUCAUCGACUUCCUGAUCCGCCAUGGCAUCAUCACCGCUGAAGAUGAGCGAGAUUUUGUUGAAAUAAGUAUGCGCCUUCACAGAAGGUUGCCAUUUCGUCUAGGAUGA